UCGGCCUUAACGUUUCUUAUCGGAUACACCGGAAGUGUGGGGAAGAACAGGACUACAUUUCCCAGCGGGCUUUGCGACUACAUCGGAAGCGCCGGGAAGUCAAGCUUCCUGUCGCUGUUGAUCGCCAUGGCGCCCACCAUCCAGACUCAGGCGCAGCGGGAGGAGCCGGGCCACAGGCCCAACUCUCACCGAGCGCUUCCUGAAAGAUCCGGGGUCGUGUGCAGAGUCAAGUACUGCAACAGCCUCCCUGACAUCCCCUUUGACCCCAAGUUCAUCACAUAUCCCUUUGACCAGAACAGGUUUGUGCAGUACAAAGCCACCUCUCUGGAGAAGCAGCACAAGCAUGACUUGCUGACGGAGCCCGACUUGGGCGUCACCAUCGACUUGAUCAACCCUGACACGUACCGCAUCGACCCCAGCGUUCUUUUGGACCCAGCGGAUGAGAAGUUGCUGGAGGAGGAGAUCCAAGCCCCAGCCAGUUCCAAGAGGUCCCAGCAGCAUGCCAAAGUUGUACCAUGGAUGAGGAAGACUGAAUAUAUCUCCACAGAGUUCAACAGAUACGGUGUCUCCAAUGAGAAGCCAGAGGUUAAGAUUGGUGUGUCAGUCAAGCAACAGUUCACAGAGGAGGAGAUCUACAAGGACAGGGACAGCCAGAUCGCAGCCAUUGAAAAGACCUUUGAGGAUGCUCAGAAAUCUAUAUCGCAGCAUUACAGCAAGCCCCGGGUGACCCCAGUGGAGGUCAUGCCUGCCUUCCCCGACUUCAAGAUGUGGAUCAACCCGUGUGCUCAGGUCAUCUUUGACUCCGACCCAGCGCCAAAGGAUACCAGUGGCACAGCAGCUCUGGAGAUGAUGUCUCAGGCCAUGAUCAGGGGUAUGAUGGAUGAAGAAGGGAACCAAUUUGUGGCCUACUUCCUGCCGGUGGAAGAAACAAUGCGGAAACGGAAGCGGGACCAAGAUGAGGAGAUGGAUUAUGCUCCUGAGGAUGUGUACGAGUAUAAGAUUGCUCGGGAAUACAACUGGAACGUCAAGAACAAGGCCAGCAAGGGCUAUGAGGAAAACUACUUCUUCAUUUUCCGUGAGGGCGAUGGUGUCUACUACAAUGAACUGGAGACCAGGGUGCGUCUCAGUAAGCGCCGGGCCAAGGCCGGGGUGCAGUCGGGAACCAACGCUGUGCUGGUGGUGAAGCACAGAGACAUGAACGAGAAGGAGUUAGAGGCCCAGGAAGCCCGCAAAGCCCAACUGGAGAACCACGAACCGGAGGAGGAAGAAGAGGAGGAGAUGGACUUGGGCAAGGAGGCUCAAGGAUCAGACGAAGAGCCGGAGAAAGGCAGCGAGAGCGAGAAAGAGGCCAGCGAGGCAGAGGAGGAGGAGGAGGAGGAGGCCCGUUCGGCCAGCGAGAGCGAGGCGGAGGCCAGCGAAGAGGAGGUGGCUGGGGCCGAGGAAGAGGAGGAGGAGAGCGAGGAGGACGAAAGGGCGGCCCGCGACAAGGAAGAGAUCUUUGGCAGCGACGACGACGAGGACUCCGAGCAAGAGGGCGGCCAGGCUGAGGGAGAGGAGGACGAGGAGGAGAGCGGAAGUGAGGAGGAGGAGGAAGAGGAAGAAGAGGAGGAGGAGGAAGACGGAGGAAGCAGCACUCGCCGCCAGCAAGGCCAAGGCAGCCGCAGCCCCUUCCUCAGCGGCAGCGAUCGCUCCAACCACGAAGACGAAGAGGAGGAGGAAGAAGGCGAGGUCAGCGGAAGCGAGGCCCAGUCCGAGUCCAGCGAAGAAGGCAGCGAGAGUGACUGAGGCUCUUCAUGUUCACGGGGAGCGAGACUGGAUUCCUCACGCGGGGGAAAGAGAACCUCAGGGCAACGUCUUGUCUUGUGGCGCAAGGAGGACCCGACUCUGGCCACCCUUCUCAGGCCGAAGGACUGUGCCAUUGAAGGCACUUGUGUAUAUCAGAGAGAGAUUUGUUUUAUUUUAUCCCUUUGUGUUUCCCCUUCUGUACAUAAUCAUGUAUUGUGUUCCUGACAAUAAAGUCUUCCAUUCCUUUUC